UUCAACCAAGUAGUCUUGUCAGAGGAACUUGAAGUUUUAGUUCACAGUUGUACUGCAUUGAUAUGAUUAUAUAGCUUGCCUUUUAUGUUCAACAACCUCAGGCUAAAAGAACAGUCCUGAAAGACAUUUUAGAGAAUGAAAGUCUUCCUAUUUUUCUUCAGUAUCAUUCUUGUAGUCCAAGGCUGCCCACCGAUUAUAAAGCGUUCUGAAUGGUCCACACGUACUUCUCAUUGUGUCGACAAACUGUUACCCUCACGUCCGUACGCUGUGAUUCACCACACUGCUGGUAACCGCUGCUUCAACAUGGUCGAUUGUAAGAGGCAACUGCGGAACAUCGAAUAUUACCAUAUGCAGGAAAAGAAAUGGUGUGACAUUGGCUACAAUUUCAUCAUCGGCGAAGAUGGAAACAUUUACGAAGGCCGUGGAUGGACCAAGGUUGGAGCCCACACAAUGAAGUACAACCGCAUCAGUCUCGGGAUUAGCAUCAUGGGAGACUUUAUGUAUGUGACACCAAACAGCAAAGCACUGAAAGCUGCCCAGAGUCUGAUUAAGUGUUCUGCUUCAAGUGGCUAUUUGGCACUCAAUUACACCUUGAAGGGACACAGACAGUUGGGAAAUACUGAUUGUCCUGGAAAAGCACUCUAUCAAGUCAUUAAAAAAUGGCCAAGAUGGGGCUAAUAAAUAUCAUUCAUACAUUGUUUCCUGCUUUUAAAAAAACCCUGCUUAGCUGUUCUUUUUUGAUUUUUACAGGAUUUCAGUAUUUUACAUUGCUGGCAUAAAGCAAUGUGGAUAAUCACAAGAUUUUGGUAUUCAUAUAACAGAUUAUGCUUAUAUUAACUAUCCAUGAUCAUGGGAACUGCAGCUGCUGGAGAAUCCGUGAUAACAAAGUGUGGAGCUGGAUAAACACAGCAGGCCAAGCAGCAUCU